GUCGAAAUGCAAUUUAUAAAUCAGGUUCUAAUUAGUGACUACAUUUUAAUUAUCAUAGUAUCAUCAGUAAGGCUUUAACUUUCGAAACGAGAACAGUGUUAGUUUAAAGAAGAGUGAGUGUAGAAAUGAAGUGUUUAGACAUAUUUGUGUCAAUAAGCAUAGUCAGUCUACUCCUGCACACGUCGGCGACAGGUGGAGAUUCGGUGCUGGAAGCUGUUGCGGGAUUCCUCAAAGACGCGUCCGAACUACACAAUGGCGAGCCAGAAGACACAGAACACAUCUAUCCAGAAUACGAUUUUAUCAUUAUCGGCGCAGGCACAGCUGGAUGCGUACUUAGCAACAGACUGACGGAAGUUGAAAAAUUUAACGUAUUACUUAUAGAGGCUGGUGACGCAGAACAAAUCUUUAUGGACAUUCCUGUAUUGGCGACAAUGCUGCAGUUUACCGAAGCCAAUUGGAACUACCAAACGGAACCACAAGAGGCCGGAUGUACAGGCAUGCGCGCUGGCCGCUGCGCGUGGCCAAGGGGAAAAGUGGUCGGUGGAUCUUCCGUCUUACAUUCAAUGAUGCAUACUCGUGGCAACAGAAAAGACUACGAUCUAUGGGCUGAUAAUGGAAAUCCAGGUUGGGAUUAUGAUAAUGUAUUGAAGUAUUUCAAGAAAUCAGAGAACAUGCAAAUUCCGGAGUUAGCGAAAGACACAAAAUACCAUUCGACAAAAGGACCGAUGAAUAUCCAAGAACCAAAAUGGAGAACAUCGCUGUCCCGUGCAUUUUUAGAAGCUGGUUUGGAAACGGGAGGCAAAAUUAUUGAUUACAAUGGCGAGAAACAAAUCGGAUAUUCUUACAUACAAUUUACUAUGAAUAAUGGUUCAAGAGUCAGCUCAAGUCGCGCAUUCCUACAUCCGAUCAAAAAUCGAAUAAAUUUCCAUCUUUCAAAAAAUACAAUGGUUACGAAAAUUCUUAUAGAUCAAAGGAAAAAGCGGGCAUACGGUGUACUUCUUUAUAAAGGCGGAGAAACAUUUAUAGUAAAGGCAAAGCGGGAAGUAAUUCUAUCUGCAGGUGCCAUUAACUCCCCACAAUUAUUAAUGUUAAGUGGAAUCGGACCAACGGAACAUUUAAGAAAUAAAAAUAUCAAACCUUUAAUAAAUUUACCUGUCGGUUACAAUCUACAAGAUCACUGGGCACUCGGUGGUCUCACAUUUCUUAUAAACACGACUGAUUCACUAAGAUUUGAAAGUAUUGCUAAAUCUGAUAAUGUUAUUCAAUAUUUUAGUCAUCACACUGGCCCUUUAACAGCUCCAACCGGCACCGAAGCUCUUGCCUUCAUCGACACAAAGGACUUGCAUAACUCAGAUGGCUAUCCAGAUCUAGAGCUGCUAUUCGUAGCGGGUUCCAUAGUGUCGCAGCCAGCAUACAAAUACGCCUUUGCGAUCGACGACGAUUUGUAUGACGCAGUUUACAAGCCUAUAACUGACAUGCACACUUGGAUGGUGUUUCCGAUGAUUUUACGUCCAAAAUCAAGAGGCCGAAUAACUUUGAAAAAUAAUGACCCUUUUGAGAAGCCAUUAAUACACGCAAAUUAUUUCACAGACGGGGGGCAUGACGAGAAGAUUAUUUUAUAUGGUAUAAGAAAAAUUAUAGAAUUAUCGAAAACUAAAUCAUUUCAAAAAUACGGAAGUACACUACAUGAUACUCCAAUUCCGAAAUGUGCUCAUUACAAAUUUGAUUCGGACUUGUAUUGGAUUUGUGCUAUGAAGACAAUAACAAAUACAAUAUACCACCAUUGCUGCACUGUUAAAAUGGGACCCAGUAGCGAUCCAGAAGCAGUAGUAGAUCCUCGCUUAAAAGUGUAUGGAAUCACAGGACUGAGAGUAGUAGAUGCCAGUAUAAUGCCAAAUAUACCCGCUGCUCAUACCAAUGCACCCACUAUGAUGAUUGCUGAAAAAGCUGCUGACAUGAUAAAGGAAGACUGGGGUAUUUCCGUUUAGGUUUGGCGAGUAAAAGUAUUCUCUAGAACCAGUUAUUAUAAAAAUCACUUAAUUUAAUCUAACAUCAGAAAAAAUGUAAAUAAAAUGAAAAAAUAAAGCAAAAUAAAAGUAUUAAGAAUGUAAAAA